GGCCGUAAUCACUGAAUUGCAUGAUAAGUUUCUGCUGGCGGCGGCGGAAGAGGCAAGUGGCAACAAUAGCAGCAGCAGCUAUUACUAUGUGGAUUGAUGGGCCUCUCAAUCUCAGACCUGGACCACAUGCAUGUCUUGGCUUCUGUCGUGCUUUCUAUGAAGCCGAUAUGUCCGCCGCCGCCAUUUUCUGGUAUGGUACGCCUGGGAACAGCGGGUCGGGUGCAGUUCCAGACGGUCGACCCUUUACUGCGUGCGUGGUAGCGGGCGAUUCUCCCGCGCUGGCGGCGGGCUUGCGGACAAGCUUACUUGCAAAAUUGAAUAGGGGCCCACUCAAGGCUCUGCUCGCACCAGAGGACGACCUAGGUAUAGCGGUGGUCGCAACCGUUGCCAGAGUCCAAGAGAAAAAGUGGCGAAGGCCGCGAAAUUACCAGGGCCUUGUCCGGGCUCGCAGCUGGGCAGAGCAAGCCCCUUUUGGGGAUUUUCAGGCUUGGGCGUGGUUACGCGAACGUCGACGUCAGACGCGUGGAGCUGCAGAGUGGAUUGUUGUAAUUGGCGGCUAG